AUGACUCCGAAGAAAGAAUGUGGGCAUAUGUUUUCUUUUCUGUUCUUUUCUUUUUUUUGCCCGUUUCCACUCGAAGAUUAUGGAUGUUCUCGAGGAUUUCGAAAACGAAAAACAAUGACGAAUCCGAAGAUGGAAUUAGCGACACGUCGGGAUUCAAUUCGCAGAGCAACUGGGAGGGGUGUAAUAUUAUUUAUUAUACGGAGGGAACAGAUGGACAGAGAAGGCAACCGCGCUAUUCUUGAUGUCUGUUUUAUGUAUUCCACCCCUAAUUGUCCUGUUGUGGAGAUAAUUCAGUUUGGCACUAAACGUACAGAAGCAGCAGAACCUCACUCAUUGAUUGAGAGACGUGCACGCAAUAUCGAUUGCUAUAUGAUGUACCUUUGGCGAUCGUUAACCCCGACGGUCUUACCCAGUGUGGCAGAGGGGGAAGGUGGGGUAUUGUCCUGGCGACGGUCACGUUAA